UCCCAGAAUGGGAUGGACUCAUCUGUUGGCCUAGAGGAACAGUGGGGAAAAUGUUGGCUGUCCCAUGCCCACCUUAUAUUUAUGACUUCAAUCAUAAAGGAGUUGCUUUCCGACACUGUAACCCCAAUGGAACAUGGGAUUUUAUGCACAGUUUAAAUAAAACAUGGGCUAAUUAUUCAGACUGCCUUCGCUUUCUGCAGCCAGAUAUCAGCAUAGGAAAGCAAGAAUUCUUUGAACGCCUCUAUGUCAUGUACACUAUUGGUUACUCUGUCUCCUUUGGAUCUCUGGCUGUGGCUAUUCUCAUCAUUGGUUACUUCAGACGAUUGCAUUGUACUAGGAACUAUAUCCACAUGCACUUAUUUGUGUCCUUCAUGCUGAGAGCUGCGAGCAUCUUUGUCAAGGACAGAGUGGUCCAUGCUCACGUAGGAGUAAAGGAGCUGCAGUCCCUGAUAAUGCAAGAUGACCUACAAAGUUCCAUAGAAGUGCCUCCUGUGGAUAAAUCACAAUAUAUUGGGUGCAAGAUUGCAGUUGUGAUGUUUAUUUACUUCUUGGCUACAAACUACUAUUGGAUCUUGGUGGAAGGCCUCUAUCUGCAUAGUUUAAUCUUUGUGGCGUUCUUUUCGGACACCAAGUACCUGUGGGGCUUCACCUUGAUAGGCUGGGGGUUCCCAGCGGCAUUUGUUACAGCCUGGGCUGUGGCACGAGCAACUCUGGCUGAUGCAAGAUGCUGGGAACUUAGUGCUGGAGACAUCAAGUGGAUUUAUCAAGCCCCAAUCUUAGCAGCUAUCGGGCUGAAUUUUAUUCUGUUUCUGAAUACCGUUAGAGUUCUGGCUACCAAAAUUUGGGAGACGAAUGCGGUCGGGCAUGACACAAGAAAACAAUACAGGAAACUCGCCAAAUCAACACUGGUGCUGGUGCUGGUCUUCGGAGUGCAUUACAUCGUGUUCGUGUGCCUGCCCCACUCCUUUGCUGGGCUUGGGUGGGAGAUCCGGAUGCACUGUGAGCUCUUUUUCAACUCCUUUCAGGGCUUCUUUGUGUCUAUCAUCUACUGCUACUGCAAUGGAGAGGUUCAGUCUGAGGUGAAGAAGAUGUGGAGUCGGUGGAAUCUCUCCGUGGACUGGAAAAGGACGCCCCCAUGCGGCGGCCACAGAUACGGCUCCGUGCUCACCACCGUGACGCCCAGCACCAGCAGCCAGUCGCAGAUGGCGGCCAGCACACGCGUGGUGCUCAUCUCCCGCAAAGCGGCCAAGACGGCCAGCCGGCAGCCCGACAGCCACGUGACUUUACCCGGCUACGUCUGGAGUAACUCGGAGCAGGAUUGCUUGCCACACUUGAUCCAUGCAGAGACCAAGGAAAGUGACAGGAAGCAGGGAGAUGCGAUUCCAAUGGAGGAGUCAUCCGCGCCAUUAGAAUUUAACCCAGACCCCGAAGGAAGCAAAGGAGAAACCGAGGAUGCUCUGUGA